AAGCAUUGUGGUACGUGCAGACGGUUCACGUCGCCGUGGUGGACUGGAACAAGAGCUACAUCCCGCUGCCAGACACGUCCCCGGACCUUCAGGAUAUAUUGGAGAGCCAGGACCGACCCACUCUGGUCUGGGAGCAGAGUUAAAAGCUACAGCAGCUGCAAUCGUGUCUGAUUGGCUUCUAACUGAAACCGAGAGACGGAAGAACACCGACUGACUGGCUGCACUGUCACAGUCUGUCAAGAUAAAGUUAUUAAAGGUGUGUCUGUGGUCUGCGGUUAUCAAGCAGCCGCCAUGGAGGACGACCUGAUGUUCAGCAUGGAGGAGGAGGAGGAGGAGGGCAGCGCCAAGAGGCCCCCUGUCCGACGCAGGGUCAACAGUCAGCGGGCCUCUUCCUUCAGUGAUGCCAAUGCCAGUGACGACGAUGACGAGGACCACUUCAUCUGCCCAAUCCUGGACGACUCUGCCAAAGAAAUCUGUCACUACCUGAAGGAUCUGGUUCACAACCGGCAGCUGUCAAACUCUCUUCCUAAAACCAACUUUGUGUUCAAGAAUGAAACAGAGGCAGAACCUCGGUCGUACAGGGUUUUGUCUGAGAGCGCACGGGAAACGUGGAAACAUGCGAUCGAAAAGGCAAAGGCCAUGCCCGACCCCUGGGCACAGUUUCAUCUGGAGGACAUCAAGACUGAAACCUGCGUUCGUUACAGGUACAAUGCCAUCACAGGAGAGUGGGCUCAGGACCAGGUCCACAUCAAGAUGGCCUCCCAGCCGUUUGGAAAAGGGGCCAUGAGGGAGUGCUUCAGAACGAAGAAGUUGUCGAAUUUCUCACACAGCAGCAACUGGAAGUCGGCAUCUAAUUAUGUGGCAAAGCGUUACAUGGAGACGGUGGACAGAAAUGUUUACUUUGAGGACGUCAGGCUGCAGAUGGAGGCCAAACUCUGGGGAGAGGAGUACAGCCGCCACCGACCUCCCAAGCAGGUGGACAUCAUGCAGAUGUGUGUGGUGGAGAUGACAGACAGACCGGGUAAACCUCUCUUCCACCUGGAACAUUACAUCGAGGGCAAGUACAUCAAAUACAACUCCAACUCUGGCUUUGUGAGGGACGACAACAUCCGACUGACUCCACAGGCCUUCAGUCACUUCACUUUUGAGCGAUCGGGCCACCAGCUGAUCGUGGUGGACAUUCAAGGAGUCGGUGAUCUCUACACCGACCCUCAGAUCCACACGGAGAAGGGGACUGACUUUGGAGAUGGAAAUCUGGGUGUGCGAGGCAUGGCGCUGUUCUUCCACUCCCACCUGUGUAACAAGAUCUGCAAGAGCAUGGGCCUGACGCCUUUUGACCUUUCCCCUGCGGAGAGGUCCCAGCUGGACUCCACCAACAAACUGCUUAAGUCGGCCCAGACGGUGCUGAGAGGCUGCGAGGAGCCCUGCGGUUCUCCUCGUGUUCGGACCAUGUCAGGAAGCCGGGCGCCUCCGCUGUUAUCCCGCCUGUCUGAGACGUCGUCUGCAGACGAGAGCAUGAGCGACGUGGACUCGGUCCCCUGCUCCCCUCUCAUCCUCCCCUGCUCCCCCCUGGCUGCACCUGGAUCUGUGGGCAAGUCUUCCGUCGCCUUAUAUUUUACUGGGAUGAAUGAACAUGAAAGACUCCACAAUAACAACACUGGUGAACAAAAGGAAUCUGAGAGCGGCGGAGACAGCGGCUACCCCAGCGAGAGGAGGAGUGAAGGCGACCCGAAUGACCACGUAGACGGGAGGAAGAUGGUAGCUCCUCCAAGAGUCUCUGCAAAUUUAAAUUCAUACAAUCCUGACAGCGAAUGGCUGACGGAGGAGAAGUGGAGCUUCUACCAUUCGUCUCGCGCUCACGUCCACCGUCCUUCCUGCGUGGCCACUGAGGUGGAGAGACUCAGCACUCUGCUGCAGAAGAAGAUUGGCCAGUCAAUCCUCGGAAAGGUCCACCUGGCGAUGGUGCGGUACCAUGAGGCGGGUCGGUUCUGCGAGAAGGACGAGCAGUGGGAUCAGGACUCGGCCCUGUUCCACCUGGAGAGGGCUGCGCUGUGUGGAGAGCUGGAGGCCAUCGUAGCCUUGGGACAGUGCUAUCUGCAGCUGCCUCACCACAUACUGCCGGACAUGGAGCUGGAGGAUAAUGCAGGAAACCGGAUGAAAGGUUUUAAGUAUCUGCUGCAGGCUGCUGAGGCUGGCGACAGAUCGUCUAUGAUCAUAGUGGCCAGAGCCUUUGAUAAUGGGGUCGAUCUGCCAGCUGAUAGAAAGCAGAACUGGGGGGAAGCAAUUCACUGGUACGACAGUGCGUUGAACAUGACAGACUAUGACGAAGGUGGAGAGUUCGAUGGGACGCAGGAUGAACCUCGGUACCUGCUGCUGGCCAGAGAGGCAGAGAUGUACCAAGAGGGAGGCCACAACCUCACCGCUGACCCUCAGAGAGCAGGUGAUCUGUUUACAGAAGCAGCAGAAGCUGCCAUGGCAGCCAUGAAGGGUCGACUGGCUAACCAGUACUACAUGAAAGCUGAAGAAGCCUGGGCGCUGAUGGAGGAGUAAUUCUGGAUACGCAUUUUUAUCACAAAAGACCACGAGAGUUAAUGUGUCUGACUGAUAGCCACGCUGGGUUUUACACAUGCAGAAUACAACUUGAAUGGUUACAGUUUACAUAUUUUUUAUUACAGUUUUUUUGCGAAUUUUGCUCUGUGUGUGUGUGUGUCUGUUCCUUUUUUCCUGUUGGUGAAGCACGUCAUCCUGACUCAUUUUUUUCUUUAAUUUCCUGUCUCUGAUGACUAAGUGACCGUAUGAAAGGGAGGAUCUGAAGAAUCAAAACAAACACAGUUGUUUACUUGCUUUGACCUGAACGUUAACACACUUAGGUUGGAAGUAUGUAUGUAAAAAUGCUUGGAGUUUAAACCUGUAAAAUAAAGUUUGCAUUGCUUUUUA